AUUUUUAUUGCGAGUGAGCUCACCGCCUAUGGAGGUGACCUGACCUCGCAACCACCCCUCUUUCUUCGCCCGCCCGCAUCCUCCCCAUGUCUUCCGCUCGUCGAAGAAAAGAACAAGGCAAAGAUGGCAACUUUCCAGUUCGCCAGAUCUAGCUUCUCGCCCACACUCCGCUUCCGGCUGUUGGCCCCGCUCCCUCGUCGGGUCUCCACCAUCCCCCUCCGCUGCUGCCUCCAGAAGGACGGCGGCGUGCCAAAUGGGGAGGAGCCGCCGGAGUCGUUAUUCAUGAAGGAGCUGAAGCGGAGGGGCAUGAACCCGACGUCUCUGUUGGAGGACAGCGAUGGUGGGACGAUCGGGUCGUUGGAGUCCGAGGAAGAGAUCAGCAACCGUGCGGAUAGAAGAAGGGGGCAGACGAAACGGAACGAUGUGGCGUGGGCAGCCUUCGACAAGGCGACAUCGAACCAGAGGGAACGGUCUAUGUCGUUGAACAGCGAGGGCCUCGAGGGACUAAUUCCAAGGGCUAAACUGCUGCUAACUAUCGGUGGAACAUUCUUUCUGGGGUUUUGGCCUCUGAUCCUGAUUACCGUUGGCUUCAUUUUGUGUCUAUACAUUUGUCUUGGACCAAGUUUCCUGCCUGACGCCAGCAAGGUACCAGUAUCGCCACCACCUUAUAUAGAUCCUUACACACUAUUAGAGGAUGAAAGGAUAUCUCAGGUGGCAUCUCAUGUGAUCUAAAUCACCUUUACGUUUCGAUCAAUCCCAAGAUGUCAAUAAGACCAAUAUGCCUGUAAUAUUCUGUGGCCUCCUGUAAAUUUUUAGUUCUGGCUGCUGAGACAGUUUCGUCAGACAAAUUCUUCGUAUGGUGUUUAUGCUGCUGUACUUCAGCUC